AUGGCGUUUCUUACAAUUGUUCUAUUUUGUCUAUUACUGGACAACUGUAAAACCUUUCCUGUAUCGAAAUACACGCAACAAAGAAUUAAUGAAGCCAUCAACUGUUUCCUUAAGGAUGACAGCCGAGUAGCCAUUCGUCGAGAAUGGCCGUCUGCUUUACCAGCUGACAGUGUUACAAUCGAACAUUACACCACUCCAAGCAUUAUUAUUUGGGAUGUUCUGCGCAGUUUUCGUUCAGUAUUAGGGAAUUUACAAUGUCCAUUUUGUGCUGAAAAUCAACAGGAACACGAUCUAAAACAUGCAGGUUUAUGGACAGAUGGAUCCUCGAAUUGUCGUUAUGAACCGCGCUUAAUAUAUGACUCAAGUUGUUGUAUUUUAUUAGUUUCUGCUGUGUAUGUUUGCCCUCAUGGUCACCAAGUUCCUUCUCAUCAUCCAUCGAUACUUUCACGCCUACCUUCUUCGCAUUACAGUAUUUUCUAUUUGACGAACCGUGCUGGAUUUUCGAUUGAGUUUCUUUCUCAAAUAACGGCCCUUGUGGAUCAUGGGAUAAGUUUUCAUGGCAUCGAAGAUAUCGUUCGGGAGCAAUACGAGCAGGCGUACUGGCGGUUACGAUUACGAUACGAGGAUGAUUGUCGGAGAGGUGAGAAAGAAUCUGCAGCUACCUUCCCACUCUUUUCGCAAGAUACUUAUCCAUUUCCUCACGAAAAAUUAAUUAGGAGUGUUUUUGUUUCGUAUUCUAUGCUAUUUUUAUCGAAAUUCCAUACAAAUAUGGCUGGUCGCACUUCCUCGUGGAUCUCCUGUGACCAUACCUUCAAAAGUGUAGCAAAUAUUGGUUUUGUUCAAGUUAGUGAUGGUACCUGGGUUCGGCUAUUUAAUUCCUUAUUUUGCGUACUAGGAGACAAUGGCAAUGUCCUUCACUGGCGAUUCACUCGUGGCGAAUCAUUUAGGGAGGUAUCCGACAUUUUUACCGAUUUGCAACGACGCUUUCAGUCUCUGGAGGUAAAUAUUGAAGGAAUUAUUAUAGAUAAUUGUUGCAAAUGGAGGGGCAUGUUUGCUUCAGUAUUGCCAGAGGUUCCGGUGAAACUCGAUUUGUUUCAUGCAGUUCAACGGUUUACUGGUGCCUUAGCAAGAGAAGUUCGAGUUAAAAGUGGAAUUGCAAAAGAAUAUGGGAUGAUAUUUCGGGACCCGUCAGACUUGGGUGUGACUCGAGAAAAGUGUACUCCUGAUCCAAUUACCAUCGGUAAAAAUCUUGAUAGUUUCGAAAAAAAAUGGACUGGUUUGAAAUGGAACGGAAUUUCCGUGAUUAACGAAAAUGCCAAAAAGGCUAUAGGAAAUUUGAGGAUCCACAUUGAAAAAGGCUGUCUCUCUGGAAUACCGCCACGUUGCUCGACGGGACGAAACGAACGCCUGCAUCGCGAGUUAAAUUACAUUUUGCAUUCGAAUAAGAUCGGCUUGGAAAUGGCGUACGUAAGGUGCAGCAGAAUGUUUUUUAGACAUAACAAUAACAAUCCAGGCUUGGAACUGUGUUGUCCACAGAUUAACCCGCCUCCAUAUAAUGAUUUUAUCCAAGGUUUUGGCGUUGAAAAAGGCAUCUGCUUUAAAAACUCUGAAUCUGCAGUACUAGGUUUAACCAAUGACGGUGACAAUGUUAUAGCUUCAUUGCAACAAUUGAAAUCAGAAGAUAUAAACAAAAUAAAAACAGUUAUUUCAUCAUCAAUGGAAUGUUGCAAGGAUACAUUCGAAGACCACGAUUAUUCAACAAGUGACAGACAAAAGGAUGAAACUGCGUUGCGUGUUGCGUUGGAUGGCAUAAGCUUAUUUGAAAUUUUUAGGGGUAUGGAGGAUCUAGGUUACGCUCGGUUUCUUUCUAAAACCAAUCUUCCAAAUUCCAUUGGCAUCGGCACUCUUGCAUUUAAAAAGUUAAGUAGUGUAACUAAUAGUGCUCACAAAUUGCACAAUGAACACGAACACGCAAGUUUUGUUGACAAAACUCUCCACGGACAUUUGACAGCCUUUGGAUUAGAACAUGUGUCUAUCCCUGGAGAUGGAAAUUGUUUUUUCUCUGCCGUCAGUUUUCAUUUGUCUUUGUUGUUGUCGUCAUCUCAGAUACCUAAUGCAUUGUUACACCAUUUAAACAGCAUUGGAAUAUCAAGGAGCAUGCCGGUUGCAGACAUAGCAAACGUUUUGAGAAUGCUUGUGGUGAGAGAGUGGCGUGGUAAUAGGGAAGAUAGCUACAGGAAUUUCUUGCCAGAAAAUUAUAAUUAUCACUCGGAAACUGUUAAUUUCGAAGUUUCUGGCUAUUUUGGUAGUGACCUCGGCGAUUUGAUGCCGAUUGCGAUGGCCAAUGUUCUACAGAUGCCCAUUAUUAUAGUCACGUCCGAGCCGCACACUCCACUUAUUAGUGUAUGCCCAGAAGAGACUGUACUUUAUAGUGAACCACUUUUCUUGGCUUAUAAUUCCUUAGGUGUUGGACAUUACGAUGCUGCAGUUUCGAUAGAAAAAUGUAGGUUUACACUUGUAAAUCAUUAUUAUAUAAGUGGUCUAGAUUAAUUGUAUAUUUGUUUGCAAUUCCAAAACUACUUUCUUUUUCUUCAGCAGUGAAAGAAGAAUCGAAUAUAAAUUACAUUUUAACAGAAACACAUGCAGAAAAACAGCCAAGCGCAAAAGGUAAUUGUUUGUCUUGUAUGUUGCAAGCCAAGCACGUGGGCAUAAGAUGAAUGAAUGGGGGCUCCAUGCACAAAUCUUUUUUUCUUCAGGACCAAUGAUUCUUCCAAAACUGAAUAUAAACCGUGUUGAAGGGGCUGGGUACAAAAGGAAAAUUUCGAUAUAGUUUGGUAAACCUUAGACUUCCCUGGCUGUUAUUAGGAACCGGCAAUUACGUCCUUAAUUGUUAUAUCAUUUUUUUGCGACAAAAUGUUCUAGACAAUAAUGAUUGAUUCCAUAAUUCCAUUCCAUCAAGAUUUAUCCAUGUUUUUUAUACGUCCUAACCAUUGUCAUUGAUGUUACUUUUUUACAUCGCAUUAUUCUUUUAUUCAGUAUUUUUAUUAACUCAAUUACAAUUUUUAGCGUCCGACCUAAAGAAAUCGAAACGAAGUACUUGUCGUUGCGGUCAAGAUUCCAAGAAGUCCGCACCUAAACGAAGAUAUCGCAACGGUAAUAGAUGUCGUUGUUUGCGUGAGUGGGGUGGCUGUAGUAGAAGUUGUAAAUGUUCUGGUCUCUGCGGUGGUAAAAUUUGCAAGCAGUACGUAUUCACUACAAACAGUCCAAAGAGGAAAACAUCUAAAGAAAAAACAAAACAUGUAUUACAGAAAACACCAAAAAAAUUGACGUCUACCGACAGCACAAAUCAAGCGUUUCGAAUGAACUUUCUUGAGAUAUGUUUUUUGUCAGCAAUUAUCUUACAUUUUAGAAAUGUCCAAAGGAAUGAUAUGGCAUGGAAUGCUGAAAAUGUCAAUGAAAUGUUUUUAUUGACAAUUUCGAACCUACGUAAUUUAGGCAUCGUUCUUCCACUUAACCGUUGGUCUGUCGCGAAAAUCGAAAAAGAGCUACGAAAACUCAAAAAACACUUUGACAGUGAAUGA